CAUUUUUAUAGUUUCUGUUUCUCUGGUGAAACCUUUUAAUUAUUUCAUUCAGGUGUGUUAUCAUACUUAUAAUAACUGCUUUAAAGUCUUUGCCAGAUAUUUCAACAUUGGAGCCAUCCUGGAAUUGAUACCUGUUGAUAUUUUGUUUGUUUAUUUGUUUAUUUCAUUAGGCAAUCUACUUGUUUAGGUUCUCACUUCCAAGUCCUGUCUCACCCUCUCUGGGUAAUGGUUCCAAUGUUAAUUCGAUUUUCAGAGUGUUUGAGUCAGCACUCUGUGUGUGCCAUGCAGUCUGUGUUCUAAUUCAGUGAUUAGUCUGAGACUUGAGCAAUAGUUGAUAUUGAAGUUCAAUUCUCAAAGAUUUUGCUAUGCUUCUUUAGUUCUUUCCUGCACACAUGCAGUUUCUUGUUGAAACCGGGACUUGUCUUGGUUCAUACACAGAAUUAGGGGAUCUCCUUCUCUCCUAUUCUAUCCUGUGUGAUUUCUUCCACUUUCUUCAGUUCCCAUAGAUCCCUUUAUUCUUUUACUCUGGCCAGAAACAUGAGUUUCUCUCAGAGUCUUAGCUUUUCAUGCUGUCACAUAGCUUUACACUAUUGGAGCUGCCCUUUAGAUAAAGUGAAGAAGAGAAAGAAAAAAAAAUAAGUAUCACCCUCACACUUAUGAAAGGGUCCUGUUUCCCUCCUUCCUCUGGCCAGAGAGAUCGGUUUUCUCUUGAUUAGAACUUACCUUGCAGUAGGACUGGGAGUUGAAAAAGAGAAAAUUGGGGACACAAAAGAAGACUUGGGUUCUUUUUAUGAUCCCAAGCUCAAAAGUGCAUAUUUUGCUGGUUCUUAUACAGAACAUGGGAUUUCUUUUAGAAUUUUUGUUCAUGUCUACUGUGGAGUUCUAUGAAUAAUUUUUUCCUAAGGUAAAAUUCAGCAGAUAAAGGUGGAAAAAUAAGCCCUAGGAAUUCAGAGUUAUUUUUCAAAUUUUGAUUUCCCUCCCUAAUACACUAGAUAUUGUUCAGUUUGCAGAAUCCUUGAGUAGUUUCUUUUUGUAUUCUAGGAGUUUUAGUUUAUAAUCAGGAAGAAAGAGCCUUAACAGGCUUAUUCCAUUUUGGCUGUUAGUAAAUGCUCUAUUUAAUUUGCUUUUUAAAUUUAUAGAUGGGCUGUGGUAAAGUUCCUUGAAACAUCUUAUAUCAGUGCUUGGUGGACUUUUUCUGAAGUAAAGAGGCAAAUAUAGUAAAUAUUUUUAGGCUUUCCAGGUCUUUGUCAUAACUGCUCAACUCUGCUGUUAUAGAGGAAAGCAGCCAUGAGUAAUAUGGAAACAAAUGGGUGCAGCUGUGUUCCAGUAAAAUUUUAUGCAGAAAUAGGCAGCAGGCCAGAUUUGGCCCCUGGGUUAUGUUAAUAGUUUGUAGACCCUCUAUCUAAGUCCUCUAUACUUUUUCUUGAAGUAGAGGUUGAAGAAUGAAUAGUAUUACCUAAUGAGCUUUGCAUGUUGAAAUACUUUUGUUUCUGUGACCACUUAUAUCUCUCCCUGAUAAUUUAUUCUUUAUUCUGUAUAGUAUCUCAUGAAGUUUAAUUGAACUAAAUGAAAGGAGAGGAAUACACAGCAAUGCAAUUAUAUAAAACUCUUCUCAUUGUAAUUUGUUUUGAAUGUAUCUAUAUGGUAGAAUCUAUGGCAUUUAUUUUUCCUGUCAUAAAUAUUUGGUUGGACAAUCCUAAGAAAAAUACAUAGAUCAUAUGCUUAGUAUAUCAUCAUCUGUUAUUGCAGAGCUCUAAACAAUAUUAAAUGAAACAUAAUGCUCUGAAAAUCAAGGUUUCUCAAGGACAAUCUUAAAACCAUGUUAAUAGCAUUCCUUUUCAAAGUACCUUCUAUGUGUCUUUUGUCCUUUUGUUUUUCAGAAACCAUGGGUCUUGUUAGAUUGUGGAGGGAAAUGCCUAGGUUUUUUUUUUUUAAGUUAUUACUCUGUUUUAAUACUCCUGAAUUUCAGUUUUUAAACAAUGUUUUUCAGGUAAAUGGUCUUAAAAUGAUUGAUGAGCCAAUGGAAGAGGGAGAAGCAGAUUCUUGCCAUGAUGAAGGAGUUGUUAAAGAAAUCCCUAUUACUCAUCAUGUUAAGGAAGGAUAUGAGAAAGCAGAUCCUGCACAGUUUGAGUUGCUCAAGGUUCUUGGUCAGGGAUCAUUUGGAAAGGUUUUUCUCGUUAGAAAGAAGACCGGUCCUGAUGCUGGGCAGCUCUAUGCAAUGAAGGUGUUAAAAAAAGCUUCUUUAAAAGUUCGAGACAGAGUUCGAACAAAGAUGGAAAGGGAUAUACUGGUAGAAGUAAAUCAUCCAUUUAUUGUCAAAUUGCACUAUGCCUUUCAGACAGAAGGGAAGCUGUAUUUAAUAUUGGAUUUUCUCAGGGGAGGAGACGUCUUCACAAGAUUAUCCAAAGAGGUUCUGUUUACAGAGGAAGACGUGAAAUUCUACCUUGCAGAACUGGCCCUCGCUUUGGAUCAUCUGCACCGAUUAGGAAUUGUGUAUAGAGACCUGAAGCCUGAAAACAUUUUGCUUGAUGAAAUAGGACAUAUCAAGUUAACAGAUUUUGGACUCAGCAAGGAGUCAGUAGAUCAAGAAAAGAAGGCCUACUCAUUUUGUGGUACAGUGGAAUAUAUGGCUCCUGAAGUAGUAAAUAGGAGAGGCCAUUCUCAGAGUGCUGACUGGUGGUCAUAUGGUGUACUUAUGUUUGAAAUGCUUACUGGUACUCUGCCAUUUCAAGGUAAAGACAGAAAUGAGACCAUGAAUAUGAUAUUAAAAGCAAAACUUGGAAUGCCUCAGUUUCUUAGUCCUGAAGCACAAAGUCUUCUAAGGAUGUUAUUCAAAAGGAAUCCAGCAAAUAGAUUGGGGUCAGAAGGUGUUGAAGAAAUCAAAAGACAUCUUUUUUUUGCAAAUAUUGACUGGAAUAAAUUAUAUAAAAGAGAAGUUCAACCUCCUUUUAAGCCUGCUUCUGGAAAACCAGAUGAUACUUUUUGUUUUGAUCCUGAAUUUACUGCAAAAACACCUAAAGAUUCUCCUGGUUUGCCAGCCAGUGCAAAUGCUCAUCAACUCUUCAAAGGAUUCAGCUUUGUUGCAGCUUCUAUUGCAGAAGAAUAUAAAAUCACUCCUAUCACAAGUGCAAAUGUAUUACCAAUUGUUCAGAUAAAUGGAAAUGCAGCACAAUUUAGUGAAGUAUAUGAAUUGAAAGAGGAUAUUGGCGUUGGCUCCUAUUCUGUUUGCAAGCGAUGCAUACAUGCAACUACCAACAUGGAAUUUGCUGUGAAGAUCAUUGACAAAAGUAAGCGUGACCCCUCAGAAGAAAUUGAAAUUUUGAUGCGCUAUGGACAACACCCCAAUAUUAUCACUUUAAAAGAUGUCUUUGAUGACGGUAGAUACAUUUACCUUGUUACAGAUUUGAUGAAAGGAGGAGAACUACUUGAUCGUAUUCUCAAACAAAAAUGUUUCUCAGAACGGGAGGCUAGUGAUGUGUUGUAUGUAGUAACUAAGACAGUUGACUAUCUUCAUUGUCAAGGAGUUGUUCAUCGUGAUCUUAAACCUAGUAAUAUUUUAUAUAUGGAUGAAUUGGCCAAUGCAGAUUCAAUUAGGAUCUGUGACUUUGGGUUCGCAAAACAACUUCGAGGAGAAAAUGGACUUCUCUUAACUCCAUGUUAUACUGCAAACUUUGUAGCACCUGAGGUUCUUAUGCAACAGGGAUAUGAUGCUGCUUGUGAUAUUUGGAGUUUAGGAGUCCUUUUUUACACAAUGUUGGCUGGCUAUACUCCAUUUGCUAAUGGCCCCAAUGAUACUCCUGAAGAGAUACUGCUGCGUAUAGGCAAUGGAAAGUUCUCUUUGAGUGGUGGAAAUUGGGACAAUAUUUCAGAUGGAGCGAAGGAUUUGCUUUCCCAUAUGCUUCAUAUGGACCCACAUCAGAGGUACACCACUGAACAAGUAUUAAAGCACGCAUGGAUAAUCCACAGAGACCAGUUGCCAAAUGAUCAGCCAAAGAGAAAUGAUGCAGUGCAUGUUGUUAAGGGAGCAGUGGUUGCCACAUAUUCUGCCCUGACUCACAAGACCUUUCCACCACUCCUAGAGCCUGUUGCUGCUUCAAGCUUAGCUCAGCGACGAAGCAUGAAAAAGCGAACAUCAACUGGCCUGUAAGAUUUGUAGUGUUCCUCAACCAAACUGGAUGAAGAUAAAAUUAAAUGUGUGGUUUUCUGCCUAAUCUUAUAUCAAAGGCAUCUUUUUUCUGCUACAUUACUUGAAUAUUCUGUUUAAGUCCCCAUUUUUAGGGGGAAUGAGAUUUUCAAAAAAAAAAAAAAACAUACACAAGUUCACAAUAUUCAUACUAUGUUGUUUUGCAGUAGUGUCCAAGUGUUCAUUUAAGCAUAUAAUUGGUGUCCACAAGGUCAUAACAACUCUGCACACUAACUUCUAAGUUUAUUUCAAAUAAAGUUACUUUAAAAGUAUUU